UCGUCGUCGAGUGACAGGUAGAAGUUUCGUGCUCGAUUCAAAUUAGUUGGCUGGAAAAGUACGAACGUUGUAAGGAAUCUCGUAUGUGUGUGCGUGUGCGCGUGUGUAUGUGCCGGACAUUUUAUUACGUUUAAAAAGCGUAUCUUCUUACGUGAUCUACACUUUUUUCCACGCGAUCUACUACCCUUUGCCAGAAAGAGAAUUAGUUUUCGAGGUGUAGCAAGUUUGUAUUUAGAUAAAUGCAUGCAUAUACGGGGAAGAUGAUUGGACUCGUUAAUCAUUCCGGAUUUGAAUAUUUUUUGUUUUUUUAUUUUUUUUUUUUUUUGUUUCUUUUUUAUUUUUUUCUUGUACGCUUUUUUCCCGGACAAGAGACAAAAUGAAGGACAGCUACACGAGGGGAGAAAAAAAUUCAUGGAAAUUUGCGGUAUCAUCGAAAAAUCAUUCGGCGAUGUCGACAAUCGUAUCCACUCGAGAACGAAAAGCGACACCUUGGCCGCAUCCUCUCGACUACACAAGGAUUUAAACAACUUGAAAUGGUUUCCACGGUCGCUUCUCAUCACAAUGCCAAAUUCGAGAAUCUUUUGGAACUUGACUUCUCCACGGCCACCAAAUUGUUCGAUUGUCCGUCUCGAGUGGUUCCUCUAUUGUCGGUUGGCCGCAGCUGUUCGAACGACUCUUAAAUCGCAAUUAUGCGAGAACGUUCGAACCCACUACACUAGCGAUGGGAGACGAUGGAAGAUGGCAUUUUCUAACGUUUCGCUCAAAAACUUAUCCUUCGUGCGGACGACAAUGCUCAUGGAACGAAUCCUUCAGAGGUAUUGAAAUCAUUACCAUUUUAACAGCUGAUCAACGAAGAUCAAUUUUCAUUUGAGGUAAACAUUUGAUCGGAUAUGAUUAUCAAGAUUUAAGGUACACACACUCAAACACAAAAAUUAAUUAUAGGAAC